AUGAGGCAUUCGGAGGAAUGUGGGAAGAAGGAGGAAACUUUGGAAGGCUGCUUGUCCCAGUUACGGAGGGAACAAAGGACACAUAGCAAGCAGUGGGCCUGGGAUGGGGGGACUUGCGGGCGAGCGGCCCCUUACAAGUGCUCCAUUUGCCGAAAGAGGUUCAACAAGACAUCCAACCUGGUCCAGCACGAGAAGAUCCACACGGGCGAGAAGCCCUACAAAUGCUCGCAGUGCGGGAAAAGGUUCACGCGGAGCAACAACCUGGCCGAGCACGAGAGGAUCCACACGGGAGAGAAGCCUUUCAAAUGUCCCGAGUGCGGGAAGACCUUCAACCGCAGCUCCAUUCUCCUCAGGCACCGGAGGAUCCAUACGGGAGACAAGCCCUACAAGUGCCCCCGGUGCGGGAAGACAAACGGGGAGGCCACGGCCAUUGACACGAGCGGCGUGGCCCACAGCUGCUCCGACUGCGGCAAGACCUUCAGCCUCUACUCCAACCUGACGAAGCACCAAAGGAUUCACACGGGCGAGAAGCCGUACCGGUGCGCCCAGUGCGGGGUCCACUUCAGCGAGGCCUCCAACCUGAUCCGCCACCAGAGGUACCACGCGCGGGACAAGCCCUUCCAGUGCCCCAUGUGCCAGAAGAGCUUCGGCCAGAGCUCGCACCUCAUCCAGCACCAGCGCAUCCACACGGGCGAGCGGCCCCACAAAACGCUGAGGAAGCACCAGCGGAUCCACACCGGGGAGAGGCCCCACCGGUGUGUGGAGUGCGGCAAGAGCUUCAGCCUCAGCUCCCACCUGGUGACGCACCAGAGGAGCCACACCGGGGAGCGGCCUUACAAAUGCGAGGAGUGCGGGAAGGGCUUUGCCGACACGUCCUCCCUCAUCAUCCACCGGCGGAGCCACACCGGGGAGAAGCCCUACAAGUGUGACGUGUGCGGCAAGGCCUUUGUGCUGAGCUCCGUCUACCUGAACCACCGCCGGACUCACACCGGGGAGAAGCCUUUUGGCUGCCCCGACUGCGGCCGCGCCUUCCGCCAGUGGUCGCAGCUGGUCAUUCACCGGAGACUCCACACGGGGGAGCGGCCCUACAAAUGCCCCUAUUGCAACAAGGGGUUCUGCGACAGCUCCACCCUGACGAAGCACAAAAGGACCCACACGGGAGAGAAGCCAAACACGUGCGCCGAGUGCGGGGUGAGCUUCGGCUCAAAGGCGCAGCUGGUGGAGCAUCAGGCGCUGCACGGGGGAGAGGCGUCCGCUCUGGCUAUCCUGUAGCCCUCAGCUGGCCAUUGAGAACCUUGCCUUGGAGGUCCAGAUGCCGUUGGACUCUUCUUCCCAUCAUCCCCGGUAGCUGUGGCCAGUGGUGAGGGAUGAUGGGAUUUGUAGUCUAUCAACAUCUGGAUGCGCCAUUCUUGCCUUUAUUUUUGAGAUAGCUCUACUGGCUGGGAUAGCUCUACUGGCUGUUUGCUCAUCUCUGUAUUCAUUCUUGACCCUUUGCCUUCCAGUGCCAGUGAGCAUGGCAACUUUCGCCCCGUCGCUUAGUGUGAGGUGCGUUGGUUGCUGGGCAUGCAAACAGGUAAGA